AUGGAGAAUAAAUCUGUCUCAAUUAAAGAUAAGGAUAAAGAAAGAGUAUAUACACCUGAUAAAGAAGAUGAUGAAGUUAAUCCUAUUAUUCUUGAUGAUAAUAAUAAUAAUGAGAAAAUUGAACCUGUAAAUAAUGAUAAUAAGAAAAUUGAACCUGUAGAUAAUGAUAAUAAUAAUGAGGAAAUUAAACCUAUAAAUAAUGAUAAUGAGAAAAUUAAUCUUGUAGAUGAUGAAGAAUUAAAAAAUCAACUAAAAGAAAAGAAAAUGAGUAACAAUUAG